AUGGCAUCACCACAACUACUCAAUCAUCCUGCCCCAAAACAAACCCGUCUCCUUCCACCGAUAACCUACGACACAAUAUCAAACGGAUAUCAUUAUCAAAAACCAACAACAGACCCUCAUUGUCCAAGUUGGCUCCAGGGAAUUAGCCAAUUCGCCAUUGAAUUGCAAACACCCCCCACUCCACCUCCAAAAGAUGAUUAUUCCGAUGUGUUGGUUGAAUAUGCCCAAAAAUCGUCCGGUGUUGUUACUGCUACAUCCAUGUAUUCGCCGCUUGAAUAUGCCCAGAAGCCAUCCGGUGUUGGGAGUGUUACAUCCAUGUAUUCGCCCACUGAGUCUGGCGAUAUAGAGCGGAAUAGAAGAAGUAGGGGUUCUUGGAGGAGAAGACACCUGCUGUCAGGUGUGAAAGAAACCGGUAUCAAAUCGCCAAGGGAGUCCGAGAAGAAGGAGAGAGGAAAGGUAAGGAGACAGCUGGUUGAUGGAUAUAAGGUUAUUGGUGCAAGUACUGAUGGGAUUAUGUUUGAUUGUCAACUGAGUUUAGUUGAUUUAUUAAAUUAUUUAAUCACGAAAUAUCAAGAAAUCCAAAAUGGGAUUGGAAUAUAUGGAAAUUGGUGGUUAGAUUGUGGAUAUAAACAACAAACAUUUGAUACUAUCGCGGCAAUUAGUUGUAGUUACCGAAAACUUAUAAUUGAUAUUUUGAAAGAAUUAAAUAAUCAUAGUACAAUUAACACGAUGGAAGAAUUUGAUGAUGAUAAUGAUCAUGAUUUGAUGAAUUGUAAUGUUUUUCAAAUUGUAUAUAAUUGUCAAAUUGAACGAAUUAAUUUAAUGAGAAUAUUUGAUUAUAAUUUAUUUAUACCAGAAUUUAAAUUUAUGUUAUUAAGAUAUUUUUAUAGAUUAACAUUCAUAACUUCCCAAGUAUUAGAUCAAAGAAGUUGGUUAAUUAUUCCAUUGGAAAUUUGGUAUAAAUUACCUUCCUUAAUCAAAUCGAUAAAUGAUUCAUUUAUAAAAUUUAAAUCGAAUCAUGAUUUAGGAAUCACGUUGGUGAAACUUAAUGCCAUAACUCAGAAAUUCCCCAUUGUCGAAGAAAUUCGAAAACAUAAUAAACUUAUCGAUUGGCUGGAUUUUGAGAAAAUCGAUAGGUUAUUAGCUAGUAAAUUCCCGGAUUAUACAACUUCGAAUGGGAAACAUGGAUAUGGCGAUUAUAAUAACAAUGGACCGUUAUCAAGUAGUCAUGAUAUGAAGAUGAGUUCGGUCAAGCCUGCUGUUCAACCCAAUAAGAAGAAGGAACAUAUAAUAUUUCCCAAAUUAUCCUUAUCGAAAAUCAUCAAAAAGAACAACAACAAUGAUAAAGAUGAAUCUGAAUCAAAGAAGGACCCAAUAGUGGAGAAGGAUAUUCCUAAGAGACAUGCCCAACCGGCCAAGCUGCAUGAUGGGAAAAGUCUGUGUUAUGAAGUGAGGCAUGGAAGUAGUGAGAAACGAAGUGAUCAUAGUAGCAAUGAGAGACAUAGUGAUCAUAGUAGCAGUGAGAAACAUAGUGAUCAUAGUGGUAGCAGUAGCAAGGAGAGAAGGAAAAAGAGUCAUCGUCCGAAGGUUGAUUUAACUCCAAUUCAACAUCAGAUUGACGCCUUAGGUAAAUUUAGAAAGAAACUAUCAGAUAUUGGACCUGAAUUAUUACAGUUUUUAAGUUUACAAUUAGAAUAUUGUAUAUAUUGGCAACAAAUACUUAAUAGCGGAGGUGGUAAGGGUGGUGACACUAGUGACAACUUAUAUAUUAGAUCAGCAUGUAAAGCAUAUUACGAAAAGAUACAAAAUCAGCUUGAAUUUACAAGAUCAACAAUUAUGUUCCAUAUUGAAGAUAGAUUAAUUAUUCCAAUUGAUCAAUGUCUUAGAUUAUGUUAUAGAGGGAAAGGAAAUCAACAAGAUGUGAAUCGAUUUAUGGAAUUGAUUGUGAUUCAAUAUAAUAAAUUAUAUUGUAAGUGGUUAGAAGGAAUGAUUGGACCUAGAAGUAUUCAAGAAUAUGAGAUCUUAUGUAAGAAGAUUGGUACACCUAAUGGAGAUGAUAUAAGUCAAUAUUAUUAUCAUUUGGCCAAUUUGAAAAGUUUAGUGGGAUAA